AUGUGGCUUGCUGUGUUUUACAUAUGGGGAAGCCUGUUAGCAUUUUCUGUGUGUCACAUCUGCUCAGAGACCUCUGAGGACGCUGCUUCAUGGGUAACGCUGAAGCCCCUGGGGCACUGCGGGGACGAGGAGAAUUUGUGCCCUUAUCAACUCACCCUCCCUCCUCUCUCCAUCCAGCUUCCCAGGCCUUUUAGGGAGCUGGAGAAAAUGGCCAAGGAGCUGCAGAACCUAAAGGACAUGGUGAACCAGCUAAGGAGGGACUGCCAAGAACGUAAGGACAGACAUAGUAUCGAGAGUGGUGGACAGAAAGAACACAGUGAGGAAAAGGAAAGGAGACAUCAAAGUCCAAGGCAUAACAUCAGCAUCAAGGAGACACAGAGUCAUAGUGGAGAACAAGUAGUCCGGAUCUUAACUUCAAGCUUACCGCAAGGAGACACAUCAGAAUGUGAGGGAACUGUCAAGGAUGGCGUGAAGAGGCUCAAUCAUUCCGUUUUGGAAAGUCAGGAAUGGAACAUUGACCCGAGGAUCGAUCUAAAUGAAGGCACCACAGAUCAGAGGUCCGAGAUGAGCAGAGAAGUAAAAAUAUUUAACCCCUCACUUGACGAGAGACCCGAGGACAUAUCUAAGGUCAAACUUGUGCUCUCACCCACACCUGAGGAGACAGAGAAGGAAAUUAAGUCUAAGCAAAGUGAAUUAAUAGAACUGUCUCUCCCUAGAAAAAAGGACACCAUACAAUCCUCAACCCAUGGGAAACAGCAGCUAAAUAUUCUCAGAGAUGGACAUGUAAAGAACAUCAGUGGCAUCCUGGCAGCAAGAAGAAGAGUGCAGAAUGUGCCUGAUGCGAAUGGAUUAAGCAGCAUUUCAAGGGAUGCUAACACUAGGAUAAUGGAUUUAAGCACAUCAGAUGGGAACAGAAGGGUUGUAAAGUGUCCUAGAGAAGGUGGACCAAUGAGGCCAAAGGGAUCCUACAUAAAUAGUAGAGUUGUCAAGGUUAACAAUGAAGACAGACUGAAGAACCCUGCUUUGGUGAGGAUCCACAAUCCACAAGCCAGGGACAUGAUGUUCAAGAUUGAGCCAGAAGAGGCUGGAUUUUCCCCAGCAAGGAGUGGCAUUAUGCGGGUCAAGGAAACAAGUCCUCUUAUAGCAAACACAAAAACUGGGGUAAUUACUGGACCGACCCUAUCAACAGAUGACCAAAACAAUCAAGACAUCAGUAGGGUUUCUGGUCCCAGAACAGAUGAUGGACAUGGCCUAAAAGAUGCAAAUGCAAGCCAAGUAACUAAUGUUAGGGAGGACAAUUUGAGAAAAGUAAACAAGACUGGGAUUACUAGACUUCCAACAAAUCUGAGGAAAGAAAACCAAGGUGAUGUGAGUCACAUAGCCACAAAUAAGUCAAUCUCUAAUGUUAUGAACCAAGGCAUAGUGCCAAACAUGUUUAAAGAGGAAAAGCAAUAUGUGGGACUGAGUGAAAGUCUGGUAGUUAUUAGUAGCGAGGCAGAGAUUAGCUCCAAUGUGGAUAGAGAAGACUUGACUUUCCUAGGAAGACAGGUGGAAAAUGAAAAAUAUCUAAAUCCAAUCACGAAAACUAAUAACAGAAAAAUUGAUUCCACAAUUUUGGACAAGGCUGACAGCACUUUUAAUGAAAGGACACUGCCUCCAGAUCUUAAAGAUCAGAUGCAGCCAGGGAUGUUCAGUGAAGGGGCAAAUGAGCAUAUCGGGUUUAACUCACUGAGUGCAGGGACUAUGAAGAAAGACAUACCAAUCCACAGUAAAGCCAUCCUUCCAGAAAAAGAUCUGGUGAAGCCCACCCUUGUCCCAACUGUAAAGAGUAAAUCGACUGAGAGUACAGUGAGUACAACCAGUAGCGUUCAAUCACUUGUAGUAGGCCAGGGGACAAGGAGAAUUUCAAUAACUCCACUCAAAGCUGCAGCUGUAGAGGGACCGUCUCAGAACAGCAAGAAAAAUAUCAGCAAGAUACGUGAAGUAAGUCAAGACAACAAAAGGUAUGUGAUGCCAAACCCCGAUAGACACCCUAUUAGACAUCCAACAACUGUGAUUUCAUCUAGAGUCAACAACCUAAGACAAUCUAAUGUGAUGGGCAACAUGUCAGCAAACAGAAGUGUUGGGGUACAUUCUAAGCUGUCCAUCCCAGUCAGAAACAGCAAUACUACCAGGAAAAAUGGCUAUGGAAUAAUAAGACCAAGCUAUAUAAGCAAGCCAAACUUUCAAAGUCAGCCAAACAGAACCAGAGGCUUCAAGACAAAGGCAAAUACAGUGACUCAAUUCUCCAGUCCCACUGGUGCAACAGAACAAGUACAAACAGAAGAAAUCAAACACAUUCCACAGGUGAUGAGGUCAAAUGUAUUGGAUAAUAAAUGGUUAAAAAACAACAGUACAGAGUCAAAAUCACAACAGUCUCAAAAUUCAGGUGAUGUACAAGGUUUGGAAAAGGUUCAACAAAGAAAUAACCAAGUUAGAGACAACAGUGAGCCUGUGUUGAUCACAAAUAUUGGGAGUGCAGAGGAUCCUAACACUCUGCAAAGUGGAGCCUCAAAUUCACCGACUGGUGGAAAAGAAAGCAAGAUAUUUAGUUUGGGAACUGACGAUACCAGUAAUCAACACCCAUUUGAGGUGGACAAGAUCAGCAGUGGGAAGAAAGGACCAACUGCACCAACCUUAAAGAAAGAGUUAUCUAAGGAACCAGGAAAAACACUAUCCACCACGACAGUUUCUUUUAUGGACACAGACCAUGAAGACAGCACAAAAAAUAUUCUUAAAAUGACAAAAACACAUGUUGAAAUGGUUAAAAACGUCAGUUGGGAAACACCCAUAAGCUUUGAAAAUACUGGAACAACAAGAGAACUGGAACUUAUUAAAUUGAAUAAAGACAGAGUGGAAGAAAACUCUGGGGAGAUAUUAUCUAACCCAAACAGUGCGGACAUUGCCCAAGGUUACAGCGGAGAGAGGUACACAAUUCCAGUUGUUUUGGAAACGCUUACAAAUGUUGAAGAAAUUAAAGGCUCAAAGCUUUUCUCACUCGGGCCCGAGGACGCUGCUGAGGGGUUUAAAUCACAUGCAGUAAGUGAUGAGGUAACAGAGAGAGAGCAAGUAGAAAACAAGAUCCACAGCAUCUGUGACAGUGAUUGUAACACUACGUCAACCCAGCAGUCUACAACCCUGACCAGGGCCCCAGUGGACUCUGGAAGAGAAAAAGGACCUGCACAAGACUGUGCUGAUUACAUUACGAAAUCCCGAAGGAAUGGUGUAUAUAGAGUAACGCCGCAGCCAAAGAGCAGCAUGCUUCCUGUUUUCUGUGACAUGGAGUCUUCUGGUGGGGGCUGGACUUUGAUACAGCAUCGCUUUGAUGGCAGCACAAGUUUCAAUCGCACAUGGGACGAGUACAAGAAUGGAUUUGGUAAACUAAUAGGGGAGUUUUGGCUUGGCAAUGACAAGAUUCACUUGUUGACAAAGGCGAAGAACAUGUCAUUGCGAAUAGAAAUCGAAGACUUUGAGGGUAUCAGAGAAUACGCCCAUUAUGACCACUUCUAUGUGGCCAAUGAAAGCCAACAAUACCGCCUGUCCAUUGGUGGUUACUCUGGUACAGCUGGUAAUGCCAUGCAGUUUAGUAAGAAGUAUAAUCACGACCAGAAGCUCUUUACCACUCCGGACAGAGACAAUGACCAGUAUCCCUCUGGAAACUGCGGGGCCUAUUACAGCUCAGGCUGGUGGUUUGAUGCAUGCAUGUCUGCAAACUUAAAUGGGAGAUAUUAUCAAUCAAAGUACAAAGGGGUGCGUAAUGGGAUAUUUUGGGGUACGUGGCACAACAUUACAAUGGAAUAUUACCCAACCAAUGACAGACAAUCUUUUAAGACUGUUAAAAUGAUGAUUAGACCUAAGAACUAUGCUAUCUAAUACUUACCAACCAAAAUUUAGCUCUCUUUUGAAGUUAAAUAGUAGAAAAAAAGGCAAGUGCCUUAAGUAUAUUGCUACUCUUGCGUUUACUGCUUUAUUAAUAGAAAAUAUAAGUGUGGCGUCAGAACUCGAAUAAACAUUGACCAAUAUUUCUGUAUCUAUGUUGUUGUUUUUUGAGCUGUACACAUAUGCAUUAGUAGAAUACAUAGAAUACACAACUGAGCCCUCAUGUGUUGCUUUGAAAAUCCUGUUUUGCAUAAGACAUAUGAAACCAUGCUAUUUAGCCUAUGGAUUCAGCAAUUAUCUUGUAUAUUGUAUUUUUUUAACUUACAAACACUAAAAUGUUUGCAAGUCUGGGCUACACAUGACUACGUUUACAUGGAUAUUUACAGAAUUUCUUGUCAGUUGUCUAUUUUUUUUUUAAUACAAAUAGCUAGAUUUUACCAGCUGAGUAAAAGCAUCUGUCAUUUUCUAUUAUUUUCAUUGUACACUGUAGGAAUUUUGAAUUUGAAUGAACACUAAGUGUUAUUUUCAAACAUUGUAUAUAUGUACACCCCAAAAACAUCCUUUAUCCAGACGACUCAUUCUAAGAGGAAAUUUCAAUUUCAGUUAAAAAGGAGGAUCAUAAUUUAAUUACUUAAAAUUUACUAUGAAUAAAUUACUACAUUUCUACUAGAUUUGCAUAUUUUGCUCCCUGCUGAAUUGUAACACCUUUUCUGCAUGAUCUUGGAAACAUUUGUAAAUUUAAUAACUGUGCACUUGCCGAAUACAGUUGUCAUAAAGAAAAUAAAUAUGCAUCUUUUAAUUACAAGGAUGCUGUUAUUACGUUUUAAUAUUAUUUACACACUCUAUACAAGAGAAAAUUAUUAAUUACAUUUCGUAAACAUGUAUUAUGUAAGUUCUGCAAUGCAAAACAUAAGUGUUUGAUAAAGAAACAGAUUUAUAAAUAUACACCAUUAUUGUAGAACAUGUGUCGUUUCCAUUAGCAAACCAUGUUGUGUUACAGUACUGGUUGAAUAAACAGUGUGUAUGCAGCACGUUAACGGUUAUUUUUCAAAUGUUCAUUAUGGUAUGCCACUAAUGAUCUCAGUGUUUCACUAAAAUGCAAUAAAUAUUCUGAGCAACAUUCACAAUCAGUCAUUUCUGUCACCUGAGUGGAA